UCCAGCAAGGAGGAACCAUUGGAGUCUUGGAAUUUCCGAAACCCGAUUGAUUCUCUUACCAGCAAAAACAACAUUCCCACUCUGUACUUUUCCAUUAAAAAAAAUGAAACCAACUCUAAUGGGCAGCCUCAAAUUCUCCCAUAUCCCUCAAAUGGGGUUUCUUCAAAAACCCCAAAACCACAAUCUCCAGCAUCCUAGCACUGUCACAUGUGGGCUAAGGGGAGGAACAAGGAAACCCUUGCGGAGUUCAAGGGUGCUUUCCACCGAAGCCAUCCAAGCUGUCCAUUCCCUCAAGUUAGCCAAAUCCAAUUCCAAAUUACAGCAUGUUUUCUCCACAAGACUUUCCAGGUUACUCAAAUCUGACCUUUUGGACACUUUGGAUGAGUUGCAAAGACAAAAUGAAUUCCACUUAGCCGUCAAGGUCUUUGAAUUUGUGAGGAAGGAGGUAUGGUACAAACCGGACAUGCCUUUAUACUGUGACAUGAUUCAGCUGUUGGGAAAGAACAGAAUGACUGAAAUGGCCGAACAACUCUUUACCGAACUAGAAAACGAUGGCUUGAAACCUGAUACAAGGGCAUUCACUGAGAUGAUUGGAGCAUAUUUAAAAAUGGGUAUGACUGAGAAGGCAAUGGAGACAUAUGAGAAACUCAAGGCAUCAGGUUGUUCCCCUGAUAAGUUUACUUUUACAAUUUUGAUUAGGAACCUCGAGAAUGCUGGGAAAGAAGAGCUUUCAGCAGUUUUAAAGAAUGACUGUACUGAAUUUCUGGAGUAUCCUGAGAGAUUCCUUGAAGAUGUUCAACGAAAGCAUUCAAAGAGGCGGCAGCUGGAUCUUGUUUGAAAAUUUGCAGUCCUUGGGUGGUGAAUGUCAUAGCACCACUACUGCAGACUCUAGCUUCCAGAGAGCAGGACCUUGUUGGGCUCCCAUAAGAGGCGUUGUGAGGAUUUUCAAUACAUAGGAGGGAUUUGUGAGAGCACAGUGGUUUAAGGCUAUCUGCUUUGGCACAUUUCAAGGCAUGGUCUCAAUCAACCCACUUCAUUAUUUCGUGUCUCUGUUCAAUGUUGGGAUUGAGUUAGGAUUCAUGGUCUUGAUCAACAUCUCCCAUACUCUGUACCUCAAUGAGUUUAUUUAGGCAAUGUAUCAAGAAUAGCAUUCUAGAAAACUUGCUGGAUUUUAAGUUUUUUUACUAGAUUAAAUUAUUCUGUUUUAUCAGAAAAAGAUUCUACUCCUGUAUAUGAUUUCAAUGAACUUCUAUUUUACACGAGAGAGAUUUCAAGCUAUGAAUUUCUUCCAACUUUGAGGGGAAAAAAAGUUAUUUACUGUUGAUUCAGUCAUUUCUCUGGCAUUCCUAUUAAAACAGUUCUAAUCUUCAGUAUUUGCUCAUGACUCUGAGCCUUAAUGAUUCCUUAAACUUAGUAUGUCAUUCAAGAUUGUUACCAGGUAGACUAACAUUAACUCAUAUGGCACGAUAACAAGACAAUGAACAAUAGACCUGUCUGUAGGACACCAAUAUGGAUUGGUUAAAAAACCAAUGAUCAAAAUAAACAAUCAAAUUCGAUUAUUCUUAAGAGAUGGCAUUGAACGAAUUUGAAAUUUUGAAUCUUAACAAUUACAACUCUUACUCCUAUUUUCAGGUUGCAGCUUCCAACAUAAAAAAAAAAAAAAAA